AUGACUACCUGUGAAAUAUCCCAUGGUUCAGAGAAGGAAAUUGUGCUACACUUUUCCAACAAGAGUGAACAUAAACGUAUCCUCAAGGGAGGAAACAUUGAGGACCAAAUCAAAGAGUACAUUCAAAAGUCAAUAGAGGAUGAAGAUUGGUGCAAGAAAAUAGAGAUAAUGCUUCCCAACACAUUAUUAGAGGUAAGAAUGUUACUCAAUCAAUCAUCAAUCCUUUAGAAUCUACCAUGUAUGAAAAGGAAAGUUAUAAUAAUAUCAAUCAUUUUAAUCUUAACGAGACUUCAUAUUUUCUUUCAAGUUUACUUAAUCAGAUCACCAAGCCUUAACAAAACACCUGAUUAUGUUUCUUCAUUAAGAACCUCAAACUAUACCUAGAAUGCUAAAAGUUUAGCAACUGUAUAUUGAAGAUUCAAAUAACUCUUUUAGAGCCUUUUUCCCAGGAGACUCACCACAUUUGGCCUUUGAAGGACAUUUUGUCACUUUUCUUUACUUUUUUCCCUUUGGCCUCCAAAAAUGGAGCUUGAAGAUUUCUUGAACCUUUUUUAGAUUAAGAUUUGCUUUAGAUUUAUUUCCCUGUCAGGAAUGUUGCACUUUUUCGGCUUUUUCGAAUUUCAUAAUUUAUUAAUCCUCUCUCUAUAAUUUAGGGUGGUAUAGUGAUUGUGAACAGCCCAGGAAUUGGUGAAUCAGAUCAUGUUAAAAGUAUUUUCAUGGACAACCUUUCUCAAGCUAAUGCGUUCAUUUACGUGAUAAACAGUCCGCAGGCCGGAGGAUUGCAAGAGGACCUGGUAAGCAAUCUUAAGCAUUUUACAAACCAACUUGCACAUCGAAAUUAAGUAAAUAUUACUUAAAAUUAGUGGUGACGCCCAAGAAUUCACGACAUUAACAGAAUGUUUAACUUUCAUAUAUUCACCAUUAUUACUUGUUACAAUAAACAAAGAAAAAUAGCAAGCAGACCAGAAUGCAUCAAUCAGAGUCCAGUACAUGUAAGUCCAAGUGAAAAUACUACAGGUGCUCUAAAGCCGAAAUCUCACACCACAAAUGGGGUGGCUGUUUAAGGCAACUUUUGUCAUCCACAGCUCAUGUAGUAGUUACUAACCUUUUUUAUAAGGCCAUGUAUUUUUUAUGUAAUGUGACAGUGUACAUGGAUUCUGAAGAAACAUGUUCAGGUAGUGAAUACUCAUAAAGUGAUUAUUCAGAUGUUACUUAUGACAGUAGUUUUAUAGAUGAUAGUGAACUGGAUGAUGAUACCUUUUAUUUUGAUGACUAUGGUAAUAUUACACAUUUCAAUGCUGAUAACAUAGCAGAAGCAGAAGAAGAAUUACAUUAUACAUUGGCAGAUUUAGGAAAACUGAGAAUAUAUUCAUAGGUAUAAUAUCUAUGUAAUAAUGUAUAGAAUGUAUUGUAGCAAAAUAAUUCAUGAUGAAUGGGAGGAUAUAGUAUGUCCCUUCUGUUAUAAACAAAUAAAAAAACGAUCAGUUAUACCUGUAAAGUGUUGAGAUGAACAGCAACUGGAAAAUAAAGAUCAUAAGAUGGUUUACAUUAAUUAUGGACAAAUAGAUGGUUAUGAUCCAAUGCAUGAAUUCUGCAGCUUUAAUGAUAACAAAUGUAACAUAGUAAGAAAAUCUGUGUACUAUAGAAUAUACUACCUCGAUAAAGUCAUAUUUAAUUUACAUUAAAUUUAAUUGAAACAUUAGCUCCACUUUUUAACUGGUCCUACUACAGUACCGUUAUUAUGUGAAAGGUUGUUGUAAUAACAGUAAACAUUUUGUUUUUUUACCAUCAAACACUUUCUUUGUAAUAGAAUUAUCAUCAUUAGUUGCAUCUUGUAUUUUCAACUGUUUUUUUGUCAUUUUAACAGGUGUUAUGAAAUUAAGAGAAUCAUUAGUUAUUUAAAACUUUUUAUUCCACGUGCUCAAUGGAACAUCAUCGUGAUAUCCCAAGAUGCCAUUAAAACUAUGACAUGAAUGACCAAAUCCUGUGAAUAAGCCACACUUGACUUAAUUUUCAAUACCAAAUCCAUCAUCACAUGGUUAGUUGUUAUAUUAUUGUACUUGUUUAUAUGAACCAAUGAUCUGAUAUGAUCUGCAAAUUAAUUAGUUGAAACCCUAGAAAUUGUCUCUACACCACUGCUGGCUUAUAGGUGUCAACAGAUGAAUGGUCAAUAGAUGCAGAGGGGAAGUAUAAUUCAAAUACCACUGUGUAUUCACCAGUUAGUACUUCAUACAUAUUCAAACCAACACGAGGUCAAUAAUACCCUUUACUGGAAUCUAAAUGGAGUUUCAUUUCAUAGGUUUUUUUUACUGAACUGAUGAAAGUCUUGAUCAAUGAAUUUAAGCCCUGUGAUAUCAUCUUCAUCACUAAACCGCCCACUUUUGCUCUUAAUGUAUACAAAUGUGUUUUCCAAAUCUGUACUUACAACAGACUGAUUCAAUCUAUCAUUAACAUACUUCUGAUAAUUAGUAGUUGUUUGUUUAUUAUUAUUGUUGAUAGUUGUAUUAAUAAAAUUAACAUCAGCAGCAUGUGUGCUUUCAUGCACCUGUGACUGUUUGACAUAAUUCUUACUUCUGCUAUUCAUAUUCAAAUUACCAGUCAUCACCCUCGUACAAUCAGUUUUCAACGAACUACUUGUUUUUGUAUCAACAUAGCUUUCAUUGCUUCCAUCUGUUGCACUUGUUUGGUCCACUACAUUAAUCUCCUUAUUGCCUUUCAUAUCAAAACCAAAGUAAAGGUUUUACUAUCAACAUAUUUCUUGUUGACCACUGCAUGCUUAUCACUAUUAUCAUUGCUGUCAUAAUCUGGUAUUAAUAACAUGCUUUUCAAUGUCUGGGGUAACAGAUCAUCUCUAUCUAUUUUCUUAUUUGUGAUAUCUUUCAUCUGCUUCAAGGUCACAGCCUCAUCAUCAUAUUGAACUCUACUCUGGUCAUAAAUGGUCUUACCAUCAGAAUCCCAUCUGUUACCACUUCCAAAUCUCAAUAAUUGGUUAUCAUCACUUUUUUUUCUGUAUGUUGUCUCCCAAAAUACAUUAAUAACUGCAUCAUCAUUUGAGGUGGGUGUAUGCACAUUCUUAAUAUAGUUAUUAUUCAAAUUAAUAUCAACUAAGAAAGUCUCAGAGCCAUUCAGAAUAUUGUUUGCAAAGGCAUCAACAUACUUUUUAAAAAACUGAAAAAUGAGAUAUCUGGUUAUGUAUGCAAUAUGCCCCAAGAACAACCACUGAAGAGCUUGGUCAUUGGGCCAGGGAAUGCCAUGGUGAUGUUUCCGUUCAUCCAUUUGAUAGUACCUACAAUAAAUUCCUUACUUUCACAAACAGUAAUACAAGAACGGGUAUAACUGUGGUGUACACUGUUAAAGAUCAUCAUUGUUGCCCUGUUACUGACUAUAAUUUGAAGAUAGCUCCAACAAAGGUUAAUCAGAGGAGUUUUAGUGAUCUGUUAAAGCACAUGUCGGAUAUCACAUGGACCUGAAGACAUGAGAACAUCACAAAGUUGAAAUCAGUUGAUGACAUUGAAAAAAUGAAUGAAAAAAAUAAUAUCAUUGUACUACCUGAAGAUGUGAGAAUGCCUGAUGCUGUUAAUGGUAUAUCAAGAAAUCAAACUAUUACCUUGAAUACUUACAUUGGAACAAUAAUAACUAUUUAGAUGGGUUCACUGAUCAUGAUAAAAAUAUUAAUGUGAUGAAUGAUGAGUAUGUAUUAUGUGAGAGAUCAAUAUGUGAUAAAUUGCAUGAUAGGCAUAAGAUGUAUGACUUUCUUUGGACCAACCAAUCAUAUCCCAGUAUAUCCAAUGCAUUGCUCAAGCAACUAAAUGUAUUUUUAAGACUGCUAAACAAAUGCUGGAUGACUUUUAUCCAAGGGCAUUACAAUGGUGUUCAACAGAUGAUAUACCAUAUAAUUUAGUAAUUGUGGACAUCUCUAAUUCCUAUCCCAAUGUGCUAUUAAAUGAUACCCAUAAUACCUUUGCACAGUAUUUAUGAUGCGGUAGAGAACUUUAAUUGUAAGAGUGAUUGGGAAAAAUGUGGUGAGUUUUAUAUUGAUGAGACUGUAUUCAACUAUUACACCCAUAAUUAUAGAAGCAGGUUUUUACAGUGCUAAUCUGGUAGGAUACUUAGUAGAGGUACUGCACAUGCCAAUCACACAGAUAAAAUACAAAAUCACGACCAAAAGAGCCUUAAAACCAGAUACUUUCAAGGGGUGUAUUAAGUUCAUUGGAUGAAUUACCAGAAGCUGAAGCCAAAAAGAUGGCUAAUAGUUUAAUCCGUGAACUCAGUCAGCAAGAUCAGCCAUGGUUUUAUGUGUAGAGAAUAUGAUACUGCUAUGUGUAGUUGGACAUCUGCCAUGAAUAAAGAGAGGAAUCUUACUAUUCAUCACUGUAAAGGCUUGUAAACAAUUGUUUUCUGAUAAUACCAGUAUUGACCCUUUUUGUGGUAUCAGAAGCCAUACUAGAGUGUUUGUAGCUCAUUGAUUGCUGUUGUUCAAAGAAUAGUGUGUUUUAUGGUUAUAAUAAAGUUAUUAUAUAUAUUACAAACAGUAAAAUGAAAUUCAGGAACAAGAAAGAUAUUAAGGUUAGCACAAAAUAGAUUGGCAAAGCAUUUGAGACAGAUUCCAAGCCAACAUACUUUGAGAUGCAUUAAAGAGAAAACAUGUGCUUUGAUGACUAUGAGAGCAGAUUGGGUAAAGGAUGUAUAUAUAAUGAACAGGCUGGUAAUGGUGAAACAUAAAAGCUUGGUGAGUUGGUAAAACAAUCAGAUGAUUGUAUUGUGUUGUCAUAUACUAACAAAGCUUUGGAAAAUGUUAAAUCAAGGUUGCAAGCUUUUAGAUAUGAAUAGACACAAGUUAAUAACUCUUGAUAAUUACUUCUUUGGAAUUGCUAAAGACAGGAGUAUGGAUAGCCUUGAUGGGAAGGAUAUUUUCAUAGAAGAGUUUAGUAUUCUCUCUAAUAGAUGGAUGACUAUGAUUUAUAAAGCUUUUGCAAAGUUCAAUAACAAGGUAUACUCAUUUAGUGAUUGCAGUCAAUGUGAACCUUUAAAAGCUGGUAGUCAAGUGCAUUAUAAUUAUCAGUUAUCACCAAUAUCAAUCAAAUGUGAAGCAAAACAAAGACAAUGAAAGACAUUGAACAUCCUAGUAGAUAUGAUAAAGAGACUAAUAAUAUGCAUGGUACAUUCGUUGAAACUGAAAGAUAUCCACUUACUUUGAACCAAUUGGUAAGUACAAUAAGAAGAUCUGUUAUCUGAAUGCUACCAGGAUAAGAGUUAAUACGGAAUGCUGUGAUAGGAUUGUAGUGAACAAGAAAUAUGAAACCAUUGACUUGAAGUAUGAAAAGAAUAAAGUUUGCAUUGGUACUCCUAUAAUUGCAACACAAAAUAUCAAAGAAAAACAGAUCUUCAAUAAAUGGAGUUUAUUGUUGAGGAUAUUAAACAUAUUAACGUUAAGGUAAAUGGUAAAUGGUUUGACCUUGCUGAGUUUGCAGAACACUUUAUCCUCAGUUUCUCUGUUACAGUGUAUAAAUACAAAGGUGCAGACAUAUAUGAGAACUAUAAUAUAUAUGAUGUCAAGCGCAUAGAUUAAAAAACAAUUGUAUACUGCAUUAUCUCGUACCAGAAAGUUUGAAUUCAUUCGUCUGAACUUCAAAGAGCUAAACAAUAGAUAUGUUACCAGAGAACAACCUACGUUGGAACUGACAAAUAGUAAGUUUAAUAGUCUAUACAAGAAUGGUAAUAUAUAUAAGAUAAUUUUUGAUGACGGUAGAUUAUACGUAGGUUCAACAUGUGAAGAACUAAAUACAAGGUUAAAAUGGCAUUUGUCUGACAAAUAGAGCCAGGUAUACAAAAACAGAAAGGAUAACCCCAAAAUUGAGCUCACUGUUACAUCUCCUUCUGCUGAUGAAAAACUUUAGAAAAUGUAGAAAAUUGUUAUAUCAAUGAGUAUGCUAUUAAAUACAAGAAUUAGUUGAUAAACAUCAGAUCCGUUAAAAAAGAGAAAGAAAGUGGAGUAUAAUGUUGAUGUAGAGAGUGAACAACAACUAAGGGAAAGUGUGGGAUUACUUGACAAGAGACGCCAAGAGUCUUCUGUUAGACAUUUUAUUUCAUCUUAACUUUUUCACUUUUUAGCUUCGAGUAUUGGAUGAAUGGAAGAAGCUCUACGAAGGAAGAGAAGAACCAGGCAUCACUGCUGAAUCUGCUCUUUUCGUCUGCAACAAGUGGGAUGCAAUGGAAGGAAAAGAUGACAAAACCGAAACAGAGGAGCUCCAAAAGAACAUCAUACGCAGACUAAGGGAAAGAAUUCCCAAACUUGAUGAAGAAUGUCAAGUGGUCAGAAUAUCUAUGAACACAGCAAAAGAGGAGCUAAUGGAGUCAGACAAGAUGAAUGAUGAUCUGUACACGCUCAUUUGUGCAAUUCAGGACCUUUUACUCCGUGAUGUAAAAAUGAAAGCUACCUUCUUCUAUCUGUAAGUAAAAAAAGCUUCUUGUCUGACAAUCUAAUCUUUGGGAAACGAAUUUCAGAACGUAUUGAUUCAAAUUUACAAAUUUAAUCUUUUAAAAACCAGAUUUGCAAAAAUUCGCCCGCUGUCUUGAAUGAUUGACAGUGAGGCUCGUGCCCUGUCACACCUCAGUUAGUGGGUGAUCACUCUGUGUCUUGGACUGUCUCCCACGAUUUAAAGUCAGGCUCAUGCCCUCCUGCAGCUCAGAUGGUGGACUAGAUCACUGUAGCGGGCGGAUAGGGGAGAAUUUUCAGUUUCCAAAGUAGGGGGCUUGGGAAGGGAGGUGAAACUUGCUGCACUUUUGGGUAUGUUUUGUUGAGUCUGCACAGAUACAUCUGCUUGGAUUCGCAAAACAUGCCCGCUGUGUUGCAAGGUUAACAGUCAGGUUCCUGCCCUGCCCCACCUCUGCUAGUGGUGAACACCCAGUGAUUGGGGGUGGUCGAGAGUCCGAAGUAGCAGGUGUACGAGGAUUCGCAAAAACCUCUAAGCUGAAAAUGGAGGGGCUUAUUGUCAAGGACAGCACCGAUACGCAGCACAGGGACUGGCCCAUUAGAGGGUUGGUCAGCGGCUGUUGUGCGUCCAAAGCACAGGGGUGGAGAGGGUUGGUUUUGGACUCCUCAGCCUAUUCUAAAUUGCUCUUAAGGUGAACGGGGCUUCCAAGCUUACUUAGAAAAUGCACUGUUUAACUUGACUAGCCGUCAGGCUUAUUCCUUGUCACUGCUCCGUCAGUAGGCAGGGAAGAUUCAAUAGCGUAAGGGUGGUAGAGUGUCAAGACAUCUUGGAAGGGGCUUCUAUUGAUAUUGCAGACACUAUCAGUUAGUAUUUUCGCUUGAAGACAGUCAUUGCCCCCUUUAAACCAGCCUGGCAGAGAAAAAGGCCAAGAGUUUAAAGUCAAGGGUAGCACCUGCAUAACUUUCAGCCACUGGUCCUUUUAAGGGUGGGUUGCGACUUGAUCUGUAUCUAAAAUGAUCGAAUACGGAAUUAACUUUGUUUCAAAUCAACAGCUGGAUAAGUGGCCAGAUUAGCUGGCUAAAGGAUUUGGCAAAUGUACAAAUACAAAGUACUCAAAGGAAUAGAAAAGAAUGCCUUGAGGUAAGGGAAGAACUUAAUGAGUUACUGCAAGAGCUUGAGAAAGGCUCUCACAUCCAUGAAAUUGACAAUGCUAUUCAUUUCCACGAGGAAGAACUGUGCAGAAAGCUUACGUCUUACUUGAGAUCUGAAGAAGUUCAGAAAAAAUUUUGCGAUUGGUCCGAAAAGGACUUGCCUGUUAUUGGUCAUCGUCAUAGUUCCCGAAGGAUCAAAUCCGAACUUGGUAAAUGCAUAGAUCGAAGAUUACAUUCUUUGCUUAAAAGCGUGGAAAAUAAAGAAAAACAUUUCGCGAAAGCUCGUGCAGACCUGGAGAAAAAACGUCUCCAAUAUUUCUCUGAUCUUCAAAAGGGCAUUUGUGACAUUGACCGUGUUCUUGACUCAGAGGAUCAGUCUGUUCCCUUUGAAUUGCACUCUGGAAGAAUGUGUUUGCCUUUCUACGCAAGAAUGAAAAAGAUGAUUGUGGCAGCUGGUGUAGUUUUUAUGCCAGUGUUGAUUCCUGUUGGUUUAGCUGCAGGAGCUCUCUUUGCACCCGCUUUCGGUUAUAUGGCCGUCGCAAAGUAUCUCAAGGAACAUCAGCUGAGGGAAGAUCCUUGUAAAGCUUUAAAAGAACUUUCCCCACAGUUUCUAAAGUCUUUCAUUAAAGAAAGUCUACGGGAUCAUGUCCAAAGAGAACUAGCUAACGAAAAAAAUCAAAUUUCCCAAAUAAAGAGAUGCCAUUCAGCGAUCAUCAGUAAAUACGAUCAGCAAUGUGAGGCUUUCAGGAGGAUAGCAGAUGAAUCAGGAGAUGAAGAAGCCCUGGAAGAGAAGGCCCUGGAAGAGAGGGCCAUGGUCGACCUGUCUUGGGAACUGCGGAAUAUGAGCGACAACCUUUUGUUUGACGCCAUCCAAAACGGAGUACCAGUCAUGUACCCGUCUGGCCAAAUCGAUGGCAAAAAGCUUUCUUGCAAUAUGGAAGAAGUGCUAGGAAUAGGAAGCUCAGCCAAAGUCUUCAAGGGAACACUAAAAGGACAGAGUGUUGCUGUAAAAAGGCUACAACAAGAGCUUCAUCCACAAAGUGUUGCUUGGUUUCUUGAAGAAGCAGGAAUAUUAAGGUAUGAGUGUCUGGAUAGCUAAACAGAUAGUAAGACAGUCAAACAACUGCACACACUGACUUAGGAAAUUUUCCUGGUGUUACCAUACUUUAAAAGUCUGCUUCUUGUCUUUUGAGCUGCACCGUUUUAAACGCCACACAAAGUUACCUCAAAGGUCUUCAAAUAUACCGCUGUUUGUCCGAAUACAUAUGGGUGAUAGGUAAAGAGGCACAUAGUGCACCGGAACUUGGAAACGUUCUCGCUACGGCUUUAACACCGGCAUAAUCAGUUGUAUUAUAUCGUAUUUUCUGAGUAACUUUAGAAAGGAAAGCUUACAUUGCAAUGCUGAAGAGUAAUUAAAACGGUUUUCUUUCUUUCCCGUCACACAGGCAAGUACAACAUAAAAACAUUUUGACUUUCCAUGGAGUGUGCAUGAAUGUUCAAAAUGGCCGGCUGAUUUCCUUGGAUAUCGUCCUUGAGUUGUGCGCCUCAAGUCUGAAGGAUCAAAUCGUCAACAAAAAAACACUCUUUGGAUGACGGAGGAUGCAGGAGUCAAAAUAGUUCGAUGGACCUUGUAUAUCUUACUGGGGCUGGAAUUUCUUCACGAUCUUGGCACUGUUCAUCGGGAUAUUAAGCUGUCCAACAUGCUGGUUUGUUAAUGCAUUGGCAAUAAUCUAUUUAUUCUCUCGACCUUGAAAAAGCUGUCGUUGUUUUACACUUUUGAAAAUGAUGAUUAUAUUUAUAUGAGCUGAUUUAAAUAAUAAUUACACCUGUCUAAAAGCUCGCGCUGACGUUUUUCCAGUUUCCUAAACUCGAUCUGUGUUAGCUUUUCCUUAGAUUUCCAUGUUUUUUUUGUUACCUCUGUGGUUUUUCUGCGUUUUCUUUGGAGCUCUCUUUUAGUUUCAAGCUCCAUUUAAAAUCAAUGAUGAGUUGAUGAGUAAAUGAAUUGAACACCUCUACACGACUUAACGAUCCCAGUGGGAUACACAGGAAAAAUGGGUCUGCGGACGGAAAAGAAGGAAAUAAACCCUAGGAGAUAUGAAUAGCAAAUUAAACGAGCUGACACUCAAAGGUGGAAACUUAGGGGCCUUCUUCGCACCUUACCUUUGUUACAGCUCCGACGGAAGUAUACGUUAUACCCUUUUCUUAAAACACAAGUUAAAAUAUAUUAAUACACGUUGUAGCAAUAAUAUUUCCUGUUUCGAUUAACAUCUGAAAUCUUUCUGUGAACUCAGCUAUUAGCAACUUGAAUAAACCACGAGGAGGUAUGCGGUCGAACCUCCCUUUGCGACCAUUUCUCGUAAGCGACCACCUCUCGUUGGCGACCACUUUUUCAAAAUACCAAAAGUUUCCAAGUCAAAUCACCAUAAAUAGAAUCUCUCGACAGCGACCACCUCUAGGGAGCGAGUACUUCUAGAGAUGCUUGUUUACAAGUUUCAAUUGUUUCCUAAUAAUAAUAAUAAUAAUAACAAUAAUAAUAAUAAUGGAGGAUUUGUAAAGUGCUGUAUCAAUUUGCCCAUGGCGCUUUACAACAAGUUGAAGUGAACUUUGGCCUUUCUGCAUUGAGUAUACAAUGUUUUGAAGCCAUUUGUGAGAUACAAAACAAUCACCACAUGUACAGAUACUAGGAUUUUUACCCAGAAUGAACCACUAAAAGUUACUACUAUAUAUUGACACGUAGGUUUUGAUAAGCGCUGGCAAAAGGGUCCGGUCACCAUGUGCAAAUUGAUUACUUAAAAACAUAGACCCUCCUGUGGCCUGACCUUGGGUAAGUGACCACCUCCUGGAAGCGACCACCCAGACUAGACAUUACGGGUGUGCGCUUACGGUAGGUUCGACUGUAUUUGCAAAUUAAAUGUUUCUUCUUGCAAAUUUGAGAUGCUGUCUUUCCUCGUUUGCAGAUCUCAAAAGACAAAGUCAUCAAAAUUGCAGACUUUGGUUGGGCGAAGUCUGAAAGCUCGAUCACGGGUACCCAAUGCGGGACCUUGUUUUACAUGGCGCCGGAAGUAAGAGAACGCAUCCCGUACGGCUCAAAAGUGGACAUGUACAGCUUUGGCAUCAUGAUGUGGGAAAUGUGGUACGGUAAAGAAAUAUUUUCCGACCUUAUUGAGAACGAUGAAGAAAUCCCUCCUCCGACAGAGGUCAAAGGUUAUCUAUCUAGAUGCCCCGUAGGGGACGGCAGCUUCGCUCCUCCGGCAGAGUGGACCAAUCUUAUGAUAUCUUGCUGCAAUCCUGAUCCAGACCAGAGACCAACAGCGACAGAAUGUAAAGAGUUACUUGUGAAAAUUACUCGAAAAUACGAAAAGUAAGAAAUUCAGAGAAUUGCAGUCAUAUUUUGCUCUUACUUUCACAGUUGAAUUCAGUUGUUACAAAAAUUAAUUUAAAAAUAACAAUUUUUUUAAAGGCAACUAUUCUAUACAAAUUUAAUUACACUUUAACUGUUUACAGAGAGGUUUUUUGAACACUCGUAGGCUUGCAUAUGUUAAGGUUAUUUAAAUGGAAUUACCCAUCCUCGGCUAUGACUACUUGGUAAAAUGUAUGUUAUAGAGGUCAUUCUUAUUAGAAGGUACCAAGGAGAAACUCUUUGCAUCCGCCAAGUUGUGACUAGCACUUAUUACCCGUCAUUCAGAUGAGCAAUUUUCCUCCAUUUCAAUCUGUCUGAAGAUUGAUCCCUGAAUUAAACUCGACACACAGUGGAUAUUAGAAAGGAAAAAUCGACUAGCUCUAGCUCCUUAAUAAAGGAUCCGUGUGUCCUUAAUUAGCUGAAAUCAAUUUGGCUAUUAUUACGUCGCCUGUCAUAACCUUUUCGCUAAGUAACGAGUUAUUAUUGUAGGAUAUAAGGUAAUUGUUAGUUCCCUUGACCAUUGCGAGGUUUGGCAAAGUAGUAAUUGCUUCCACGACUAUGUGUAGGCUACUUUGUUUAUACUGACCCGCUCGCUUUUACGUCAACGCUAAACAGUUUGAUCAACAGAAUGGUAUUUUAAACUGAAAUGGGGGGACCUAGCCAGUUUCGGCGUACAGUUGUUAAAAAGAAUGGUGUUGUAUCGAGUUCGAUUUUCUUCUUUGCCUUCAGAAGGAGGAGAGGGGACUAAAAGCAGAGAAAAUGAAGUAUUGUAAAUCUAUUUUUUAGAUUAUUCGAGUGAAUAGCUUUAGUUUUCUGUCAUCUUUUUCAGAUUAAGUAUUUCAAUUUUAAAUAAGUUUCGUAGAAUGAGGUGUUUUAAACAGAUUUCAUUAUUCUAAUUUUCAUUAAUUAAACGAGG